CACGAAGCGCUGCCGCUCUACCAGCUGGCGUCCCGCCACCAGCAGCUGCGGGCCGAGCAGCUGGAGAAGCUGGUGGAGUGCCUGGCUCAGAGCGUCCGGAUGAAAGAGGGGCUGCCCGCCGCCGGGAGCGGCCCCCCCCAGCAGCCCCGCGAGUGGGACGUCUUCAGGUGCCGCAAAUGCCAGGGCUUCCUCUUCGAGCCCGUUUCCUUGCCUUGCGGACACACGUUCUGCAAAAAGUGCCUGGAGAGGGACCGGGCGGCCGGGUCCCGCUGCGUCCUGUGCAAGGAGGAGGGCGGUGCGGCGGGCGGGCAGCUCCUGCGGGUCAAUGUCAUCCUCAGCAACCUGCUGGCCAAGUGGUUCCCGGGCCAAGUGAAGGCUUCGCAGCUCAGGCACGAAGGGAACCUCUUGUACAAGGAGAAGAAGCUUCAAGCCGCCCUGCAGAAGUACAACGAAGCGGUCAGCCUAGCUCCAAAUGACCACUUACUCUACAGCAACCGGUCCCAGAUAAACUCUACUCUGAAAGCUUGUGAAGAUGCAUUGCAUGAUGCUGAAACAGCAUGCAGACUGCAGCCAUACUGGUUGAAAGGUCACCUAAGGAAAGGACAAGCAUUAGCUAAUCUGGGGAAAACAGAAGAAGCUUUAAGAGAGUUUUUAUUCUGCCUUGCUCUAGAUACUGGGAACAAGACAGCCAAGUCUGAAGCACAAAAGCUUCUACUUAGUUUGUUUUCACUCAUCCCGGGAAAUGCUCAGGAACACUUACCCGAUAUCCUGCAGCUGUUGUCACAUCACUCUAGAUUAAAGGGGAAUCUCCUAAAUUCAGUGGGAUCUGGAGGCACCAGCCAUAACCUACAAAGGUUGCUCAAGGUAAAUGUGGAACAGAAAAAGGGUUUUCCCAUUCAAGAGGAACCAAAUGUAGCUUCUUCUGGUAGUUUGAAGAAAUCCAUACAAAUCACAGAGAGCAAAAAGGACUGCUCAGAGGAGGAGAACAAGCUCACCUCCAUGCCAGAGUCUGCCUUUCUCAUUUCUGAGAAGUGCAGCCUCCUGAAAAGGAAGUGCUGCUCGGAGGAGAUGCGAAAUGCUGAGGUCCCCUGCAAACUGAUGAAAAGAGUUGAUACUAAGGGAAGUAGUACUGGACAACAUACUCCAUUUGAAUUUGUGGAUCCAUCAGAUUUGGACUGCUCUCUAUGUAUGAGGCUCUUCUAUGAACCUGUCACUACACCUUGUGGACACACCUUCUGUCUCAAAUGUCUUGAGAGAUGCCUGGAUCACAACCCAAAAUGUCCCCUGUGCAAGGAAGGACUCUCAGAGUGCUUGGCCAUGAGGAAAUACUGUAAAACAGUCCUAAUGGAGGAGUUAAUAGCUAGAUAUCUUCCAGAGGAACUCACUGAAAGAAGAAAGAUUUAUGAAGAGGAAAUAGCAGAGCUUUCCAACCUAAAUAAGAAUGUUCCCAUAUUUGUCUGCACAAUGGCUUAUCCUACAGUCCCAUGUCCUUUGCACAUCUUUGAGCCGUGUUACCGCCUGAUGAUUCGGAGGUGCAUGGAGACUGGCACCAAGCAGUUUGGGAUGUGCAUCAGUGACCCUGUAAAGGGGUUUGCAGAUUAUGGCUGCAUUCUGGAGAUAAGAAAUGUGGAAUUCUUUGCUGAUGGUCGCUCUGUUGUAGACAGCAUUGGCAAGAGGAGAUUUAAGGUGAUAGAGCACAGCCAGAGGGAUGGCUAUAAUACAGCAGAUAUUGAAUACAUUGAGGAUCAGAAGGUGCAAGGACAAGAAUAUGCUGCAUUACUUGUUCUCCAUGAUUCUGUCUAUGAUCAGGCAUACAUGUGGUUUAACUCCCUCAAGCAAGCACUCAAGAGUCGAAUUCUCAGUCAUUUUGGUCCAAUGCCAGCCAAGGAUCCUGACCCACAGUCGAACCCUAAUGGGCCAGCCUGGUGCUGGUGGGUCCUGGCUGUCCUUCCACUUGAGAACAGAGCUCAGCUCCCUUUCCUUGCCAUGAAAUCCCUCAGAGACCGCUUGAAUGGCAUCAGACGUGUCCUUACCUUCAUGUCACGUACGAGAUCACGGUGAUGGUGAGAAGGAGAGGAGCUGUGAAGUCUCCCACAGUACUUGACUGUAGACUGUCUCUUGUAACUUCAUUUAACUGCAAUAAUGUCUUACAGAUUGGAGUGUCGGGAUGUUUCAAGCCUGAAUUUCAAAAAAAAUGAGUUAUAAAGAGCAAGGGAUGUUUAUGGAUACUUCAAUAGUUUCCAUUUGGAACUCGGAGAUGAUUAUUCAAUCACUGCACUGCUAAAUUAAUAACAAAUGUGAUAGAACAAAAAGUGAUCUUGUUUGCCAUAAACCUUUUAAAACACUUAAGAGGUUUUUUAAUUUAUUUUGUUUUUAUUUUUUAGUGGAUAAAGGAUAAACUGUGCAGUUUAAUGUGAAGCAGAAAUAAUGUUAAUGCAUUAUUUCAGUGAACUGCAGUCUUUUAUUCAAAAUGGUUCAGGUUUUAUAUAGCAUUGUGUAAAAUAAUGUUCACGACUUCCGUUUGAUAAUUUAUUUUUGCACUAUGAUUUUUUUGUUUCAAAAUGUAUAUUAUUUAUGUGUUUAUUCUCUAAAGGAAAGUGAACUGCUAUAUUUAUUUAUAGUGUUUUUACCCUGUAUUUAUGACUCGGGACAAAAUGAUAAUUCUAGCAGUGCACAGGCAACUGCUUUGAUAAUUUUUCAGAUAUUUGUGUUCAAAUACUUUGAAUGUUUUUCUACUUAUCCCCAGUUCUACUGUAGCCUAAGAAGGAUUUUUUUCCCUCUGAAACAGCCUGCCAUGAAGUCUUUGAAUGCUCAGAUUAUGUCUGAGCUAAUUCAAGCACAGUUAUUGGAGCUUGAUCCUAUGCUUGCAGCUCGGUUCCUGGUAUCCCAAAGCAGCCAAGCAUAUGCUUAACUUCAACCAUGAGUGUUCAGGUGCUUGGGUAAAAUGAAGUCUUGAUUGGUUGAUGGAAUUGGGAAUUGGCCACAGUGGUGACAGAAGGAUCUAUCCCCUCAUUUUUCACAGAACAGAGAGUAACUUGGAAUUGAAUUUAGAUAUGAACUUUUUUUUUUUUUUGCAAAAAUGGAUAAUGGCUGCAAAGAACUGUGAAGAAAGAGCCAUAAUAUAUAAAAAGUGUCUUCUAAAGAAAACUGGAAGUACUGGUAUCAUUUCAUUGUAGGUUACUACAGAGGUGUGUGUUUUAUUUACAUCAGUUUUUGUUGCUGUUAAAGAUCAGUUUUCUUUAAUUGUUUGGUGGGAAUUGGCUUUGGUGUGUGUGCAUGGGGGGGAGAAGGGAGUCAUUUUGAACUAGAGGAUGCUGAGGGCAUCACAUGAGGAGGGUUUGUGUCACAUGAGAAGGAAUAUGUUGUAAUAAAUUCUAUUUAUUUCACCCCAGCGUUCAGGUUUCUGUUAGCUUCAAGUCUCUACCCAGCCACUCCAUCUCUCAAGAGAUUGGGUAGUGUUGCUAAUAAUAGUUAACUCAAGGAAAACAAGUGGAUUUUAGCAUGAUUACUUCUAGCUAGCUAGUAAAAAUAGGGCACAAAUGAGAAUAGGAGGUACCUGGGGUUUGAUUUUUAUUUUUUUUAAUCAUAUACUUGUUUUGCUGUUCUUAUUGCUCUCAAUUGUAUCACUUUCUGGGACUGAUCUUGCUUCCAUCUGACUUGAACUUUCACAGAUUUCAGUGUGGGCAGAACUGGGCCUUUUAUUCUAAGCUACUGUUUUCCUUUUCAGUGGCAAAAAAAUAGAUCAAAUUGAGAAUGUUAUGAAAUACUACAAAUUUCUUUAUUACUGUUAUCCAGAAUAGCACUCUUUGCAUUCCAUGCCUUUAUGGAAAAAAUGCAGUGGAAUUGAAUGUCAGUUUUCCAUGUGCUAUUCCAUAAUCAUUUAAUCAGAAACAUUUAUUAGUUAAAAGUAAUUUUCACACAGCUCAGUUUCCAUGAAACUCCCUUUGUUCCCCCUCAAGUUAAAUUCAUUAGAACUUUUCCAUCAGGUUACCAAAGAAAUGAAUGGAAGACAAACACGUUCCAAGCAUGUGGUGCAAAUGGAAUGUGCAUCCUGUGUUUGCAUUGGGCUAUUCUGGAAAUGCUACAGCUGAUUCCCAUGCUGCUGGAGUGCUGCACUUCUUCCAUAAGGGGGUACUUCAUGUGCUUCUCUGUAACCAAUGCAUAGAAAUAUAAACCUGUCCUGAGCAGUGACAAGUGUGUGGUGGCUGAAACCUGCUAUGGAAUCUCUUUAGGUCAUUAAUUAAGUGAUUUCUGCUUCUUGGAAGUGAAGCCAAUUUAAAUGCAAUUCUUCCUUAAACCAUUAUGUAUUAUUGCAUAUAACAUAGGGGGCCCAUAGUGCUCCCACAGGAAAAAGCUGUCACUUUGUUACACUAAUCUGUGAGAAAAGGAACUGAAAUAGCUAUUUUAAACUGUUUUCUCAGUGACCUCAUUGUUUUUUUUCCCUGCAUGCUACAUACUCAUAUUAUGCCUAUUUUGUUGAACUGGCAUGGAAGGAAUCUUUAAUUUUAAAAGUGGAUAUUGUCUUUUCUACCAGCCUUGAGUAAAGCUGCCAGAAUUUUCUAAGCAGAAACUUGUGUACAUGCCCUAAAUCAUGAAUGCCCAGAGCAUCAGUUGCAGCCUGGGGGACCCUGGACCUACUGCCUGUAAUGAUACAGUUGAUCUGCAUAUGCACAACAACUCAAACACAUCAAAAGAGUUCAUCUAUACCAGUACAGUAGCUUUGUCUGGGACUGCUCUAUGCCCUCACAUCCUAGUAUAAUGGUUGAAGUCUGCAAAUUCCAUAAGGAUGAGGAAAAAAAAAAAGAAUACUGAUAAAAUGGGUUUGCUGGGGAAUACAAACCUGUCCAGUAUAAGCUGGGCAAGGAGUAGUCUUUACCUGCAGUGAGCUGAGAGGUUAAAACUACAGGAAUGAGGUUUAAAAGCAACAAAAAAAUAUCCUCAGUUAUGCCACAGUAUUGCUUCCUUUUUCAGUUCUAUUAAUCAGAACAAGGGUGUUAAGGCAGCAUUUAUUAUGGGCAUGAAUAAACAGCUGAACAGAUUUUAAAAUACCUCCACUUUAAUUAUAGAAACAGCAUCAAUCAGAUAAAGCAGUAAUUGGGGGAGUGUUUUAAUUCAGCUUCUCACAUUUUUCUAGACAUGUAACCCAGUCCAAUAAACCAGUCUUGCUCAUCUGUUACAAAGGAAAAUUGUGAAUCAAACUUGCCUUUCCUUUGUGGCCAGAAAUAUUGAUCAAUCUUUGAUGUGAGGGUGUAAGUACAGCAUUGCCUUCUUACUAGUCCCCCAAAUAAGUCCAUAUCUAUUGAGCCUACAUCACUGAGUUAGGAUUACUAAAAGCAGUAGAAAUUUUAUUUCCAAAUAUGACCAGUGCACCUUUAAAAAACAACCCAAAAAACCAAACAAAACAGGGAGGGGAGAUGAUGGGAACAAAGAAGGAACCAAGAAUAGAUCAAACUAAAACCUGAGGAAGCAAUCUCCUGCCCAGUAUCCUAAACAUUUCCAGACACUUAUUUAAAGGUUUAGAUUUGCAUUUGUAAGAUACAGUUUUGAUAAUUUGAAGUCACUUUUCUCUAAAAGAACUGUUCAACAAAAUACAAUAAAAUAACAAAUGCUGGCUGGAUCACCUUUCCAGGUCCCUGUACAUGUACACCAUAGAGUUUCUAAUUAAAGCAGUCAGAAAUUUUCUUUAGGAAGUAAUCCUAAUUUUUCAUUCCCAAAUAUAGACAGAGUUAAGAAACUGAAAAUAACUUUGCCUUCUCUUAUAUGCUCCUUGUGUCCCUCAGUAACUUCAGGGGGUUAAUGUUUCCAUGGAAAUAGCUGAUAGCUUGGCUAGCAUGACUUGACUGAAAGUAAACCUGAGGCAGGACUUCACUGAGCAGGAAAAAUAAUGCAACCUGACACAGUUGUAGAAAGCAGUUCAGUAGUUUUAUAAAUGACAUGAUAAAAUGCUGUGAUAGGCUAUUAUCAUGCAAAGUGUUAGAUGUGAAAGUCCUUGGAUUACUUUUUUUUUUUUUUUAAAGUGCUGAUACCUUCCAUUACCUUUUAGCAAUAAGAGGCAGCAGCUGCCAUGCUGAUAGCUGACCUAUUGCUUGGCCUAUCUUUCUCUCUGUAUGACUACUUACUAACAAUACCUGAACCAUGGAUUUCUUAAUCCAAAGAUUAUUUUAAUCUUUAAAAAGUAUUAAUGUGGAUUUAGAUGUAGCAGGUCUGGCUUAAUCUGUGCUGUAGAGAAAGAGCUUUGUAAAAUUUUGUUGUAGAUGGUCUUUUAACGAUUUCUACUUGGUGCUGAAGUUUUUCUGGUGUUUAAGUUAAUGACAGACAGGAGUUGUAUUUAAAUGCAGUGUUUAGGAAUGGAGAACAUGUUCACAAACUCUUAUUUAAAAAACAAAUGUACAUUAACUACAGGUUUUUGUGCAUAAAGCCCCAAUGGAACUAUACGUGCUUAGGGCAGUGCUCCCCAUUCCCCCAGUCCUACAUCAGAUAAACUCAAUCCCUGCUCUCAGCCCCAGCUUAGUUCUCAUUUAAUGCCAGCUUCCCAAUCUAACUUGUAACUGGCACAGACAUAGUUUAGGAUCUGGGGUUUAUUCCAAAGCCCAGUAAAUCACUGAAAGUCUUAUAGCUACAGAAAAAUGGUAGCUUCAGCAAAGUCUCUAUACUGAAACACUUUGCGAAAUAAAUAUUGUCUGGGUACAAAAAAACCUAAUCUGCUUAGACAGGAUUAAAAUGGUGAAUAAUAAAAAACCUGAACUAUUACAUUGAGUUCCUCAUCCAGGUAUCAUGUGAAGUGCUUACUAAUGUUGGAGUUUCAUAAGGUCUAAAGUAACUUUCACAUAGAAGUGCCUGUAUUCUGUUGCCAUUCUUGAGCUUUUUAAUAGUCAUAGCCAUAUAUUUUAUAAAUAUAAACAUAUGCACCUUUAAAUCUUUACAUUCAAUUUGCAGAACAAAGGUUUACAGAGCAGAAGUGUAGCAAAACCAAUGUAAUAGCUUCUAGAAUUCCCUGGUGUGGAAUGGGAGAAAUACACAAAGGAGGAGCAAAAGACUAUCUGUGUAAGAUGUCUUAAUUUGGCACCAUAUACUUGUCUAUUCCAUCAAGAUGUGUGGUUACAAGAGUGCCAGAAAUAUAUCUAUCAAGCCAUUUUAAAUAAAAAAAAAAAAGUUUUGUGGACUUGUAUAUUCCAUUUGUUUGUAAAACAUCCUUUUGUGCACUGUAAUGAACUUGAAAUGAAUCUUAAGUUAUACUCUCAUAUCACUGAACAGAGUACUGUUCAGCUACCUCUACAUAAGGUUGAAGUAAUUUGGUUUUUUUCCAGAUUUGUUCAUGUUGUCAUAUAAAAUAUAUUUUAAAAAAUCAUAGUCCAAAGAACCUGUAUGUGUUUGUAGAUGUACUUAUAACUAUGUUGUACCAACAAAGUCUGUGUGGAGAGUUGUUUGCUAAUUAAAAUUUUUGUGUUCUUUACUCA